AUGCAAUUCUUACUAUUUGUUAUUGCUACUACCUGUGCUUUCACAGCUAGCGUUUCCGCGCAGUCUCCAAAACUAUAUACUCUCAUUACCAGCAAGCAAUAUGGAUUGAAUCUCACUCUCAAUGCCGACACCGGUGCCGUGGAAUUCGAGAGAGGCAGUUUCUAUAGACAUUGGACAGAUCAUCCAGUAUCUAAAGGGGCUCACAACUGGCAUUGUUUCCGAGGAAGGCAACAGUACGAACUGAAUAUCAUUUGGUGGAUCCGCUUCCAAAACCAUGUAGCUGGGGAAUCUGCAACGGUGCCUCAAGAUGAUGGCUAUGCCCCAUCAAUAUUCGAUGUUGAAACGGAUGGGGAUAUCUCCUAUCUCAUCUCUCUUGAGACUCCAAACCCGGGAGAACGAUUAGCUUGGACCAUCGAACGGAACAACAAGACUGAAAACGCUGAGUUGAAAUUGCAGCCUUAUAAGAGGUUACCUAGCCAGCAGUUUACCAUAACUCAAGAACCGGGAGAUGACAAGUUUCCGCCAUAA